CUGCAGAACCACAGACUGAGCCGGUGUCCAGAGGAACGCAUUACAAGUAACUCCACUCAUGUAGAUGCUGGCGAGAGACAUCUUGGCCACCUUGUAGAGGCAGACGGACAGCGAGACGGCGCAGAGGACGAAGAGCGAGUCGUUGAUGGUCACGCGCACCAGGACGAUGGUCUUUACCGGCGCAGCGCUUGACUUCACCAGCAGAGCACACGCCAGAUUGACCAGCAGGAACAGCAGACUCACGCCCGCGAACAGCAGGUACAGAGGAAACCUGCGGACCAGAGGAGGCAUGAGGAUGAGGAUGAGGAGGACAGUACAGGUUCAUCAGGAUGAGUGUGAAGAACUGCAGGCACACGGGGAGGCAGUAGAGCAUCCAGAAGCUGAAGGGUCCGAGAGUGUUGACCGUCACACAGUCCCUGAAGAAGAAGAGAAGAGGAGCGCUCUCAGACCCGUUAUAACCGCGCACAGAGGCUUCAUGAUGGUUCUGCUGAGCAGUGUGGGGGUUCUGGUUCUGCUGGUGUCUGUCCAGUGUCUGACCCGGGAUCAGCUCUUCGAUUACGGGAUCCGGUUCGGAGACCAGAUUCUCGAUUCUGGAACGGAUUCGGUUCGAGAGCUCGAGCUGGAGCAGACGCUCUACUUCUUCAGAGGAAACUUCCGUAAAAUAUACGUCGGCACUAACGGCUUCGUGUCUCUGGCCGAGCCCGGCGAUGAGUCCCAGUACCUGGGGAAGAUGCCGGCCGGCUUCGGCAUGAUCGCAGCUUUCCUGGGAGAUCUGGACACGAGCGGCGGCGCCGGACACGUCUACUUCCGGCAGGACGAGAGCCCGGGGGUCCUCCGGCGAGCCGCGGGUCACAUCAGCCAAGCGUUCCCCAACGACGAUGGGAUCGACCCCACUCACGCCGUCAUCGUGACCUGGGAGAAUGUGCUGGCUCGGGGUCAGCGAGGGCGAGGAGAUGGACUUGAGUCAAUGAAAAACACGUUCCAGCUAGUCAUAGCAAACAUGGAUUCGGCGUCGUACGCUGUGCUGCUGUACCCCGAGGAGGAGACCCGGUUCAGCUCUUCGCUCGUAGACGAGGAGGACGUGCGGGUGGAGGCCGGCUUCAGCGAGGGCUUGGUGUCGGGCUGGUUCGGCUGGGCCACGACGCAGGGCUCUUACUAUCGCAUCACUGACCACAGCGACGAGUCGGUCCGCGCCCUCGCUCAAAAGACAAACUCGGGCCGGCCUGGCGUUUGGGUCUUCGAGAUUGGUACGUCUCCGUUGUUCAGCUCCAUCAUGCCCGGCGAGGUCACAGAGGUCACGGAGGUCACAGAGGUCACAGAGCUGCCAGAUGAACCGCUAACGCCCCGUCCGGAUCCGAUCUCCGAGUCCUCCACCCCUGACGAGCUCCAGUACCACUACGUUCCCCCGCAGAACCCGCAGAGCCGGCAGAACCCGCAGGUUGUGAUCAUCGAUGAAGACGAGCUCAGCGUCGAAGUGUUUUCCUAUAACUACGAGACGUGCUCCAGCAACAAGCACAAGUGCUCCGCUUUCGCCGAGUGCCGAGAUUACGCCGACGGAUACUGCUGUCACUGCAAACCUGGUUACUAUGGCAACGGCAAGGAUUGCAUCGCUGAAGGGAAACCCCAGCGGAUGAACGGGAAGCUGAACGGCAGGCUGUUCGUGGGCGAUUCUCCGUCUCCGGUGGAGUUCUCCAACAGCGACCUGCACUCGUACGUGGUGGCGAACGACGGGCGGGCGUACAUCGCGGUGAGCAGCGUGCCGGCUAGCGUGGGGCCGUCGCUGCAGUCGCUGCCGGCUCUGGGAGAGGCCAUCGGGUGGGCCUUCGCGCUCCAGCAGCCGGGACACCACAACGGCUUCAGCCUCAUCGGAGGAGUCUUCACUCGCCAGGCCGAGGUCACGUUCCUGCCCGGCAACGAGAAGCUGAGCAUCACGCAGGAGUUCGGGGGCAUCGAUGAGCACGAUCACCUGCUGGUCAACACACACCUGGACGGCCGGAUCCCCGAGGUGCCGCCCGGAGCCACGGUCCAGGUCCCAGCGUACAGCGAGAUCUUCCAGCACUCCAGCGACCUGAUCACGUCGUCGUCGCGGCGGGAAUACAGCGUUAGCAUGGCUGACGGCAGCGUGCGCGCACACAGCUACCUGUGGACCCAGAGCCUGCGCUUCCAGAGCUGUCCACAGGGGGCGCUCUUGCUCUCGGACCCCGAACGCCAGCAGCUCAGCGUCGACCAGGUCUUCGUCAUGUACGACUCCAGCAACCAGCUGAUCCGCUUCGCCAUGAGCAACAAGAUCGGCUCCGCCCACAGUGUAAUCCCCGAGCAGAACCCGUGUUUCACCGGCAGACACGGCUGCGACACCAACGCCGUGUGCCGCCCGGCGCGAGGGAAAGACUUCUCCUGCCGCUGCGCCUCGGGAUUCACCGGAGACGGGCGCGUGUGUGACGAUGUGGACGAGUGUUCAGAAAGCGCUCAGAUCUGCGGCUCCUUCAGCGUCUGCAUCAACCAGCCGGGAACCUUUCGCUGCGAGUGUGUGAACGGCUUCCAGUUCUCCAGCGACGGGCGGACAUGUGUCGAAGUGGAGCGUCCCGUGGAUCACUGUCAGAGAGGAACGCACGACUGCGAUGUUCCCGAACGCUCCCGAUGCAGAUUCACCGGAGACUCGUCUUACGUCUGCUCCUGUCUGCCGGGCUUCACUGGAGACGGACGCGUGUGUCACGAUGUGGACGAGUGCCAGCCGGGCCGUUGCCACGGCGAUGCCAUCUGCUUCAACACCCCCGGCUCGUUCACCUGCCAGUGUCGGCCCGGUUUCCAUGGCGACGGCUUCAGAUGCACACCUGGCUCCGACAGCGAGCCGACGGUGUGUGAGCGGCACCGAGCAGCAGUGCUGGGGUCGGGUCCGUCGGGUCAGUACGUGCCCUCCUGCGACGGGUCCGGGGCCUACGACCCGCUCCAGUGCCACGCCGGCCUCGGCCAGUGCUGGUGUGUGGACCCGGACGGGCAGGAGAUCCGCGGAUCCAGAACACAAGCGGACCACACACCCCUGUGCAUUGAACACAAUGUGGCUCCGCCCCUCAUUGGCCCCACCCCNAAUAUCAGAUCAAUAUCAGAUCAGGAUCAUAACUCAUAA